AUGGAUAUUGUCAAACAAUUAGAACAAUUAAUUCAAUCAAAACAUAUUAUAUUUUCAACUUCAAUAUCUGAUAGACAAUUAGUGUCAAAUGAAAAACAAAAAAUUAUUAAAAUAUCAAAUUCAUUUAUUGAUAAUUAUUUAAAACCAAUAUUUUCAACAAAUAAUCAAUGGACAUUUGAUAUUAUCGAUCGCGAUGACAAUUCUUCAGCUCGAUAUGAAGGAAAAUAUCAUUGGCAUGUAUACAAAGAGGUUGGUGAUGAGAUAAGUCGUGUACGUAAUAAUGAUGAUGGAUACAGAAAUUCGAAUAAAUAUCGUUAUCGAACCAAAGGUCAACAAAGAUUGUAAGACUGAACAUUAUGAGUUUUAUUUUAAAUGAUUUCUAAAAAAGAUCAUGGAUGAAAUUUCCUAAGUUUGUGGAUCACAAACACAUUUGUCAUACAACACAAUAGAAUUCAACUUAGGUUCAUCUUGAACUACUAUUCAUUUCAGAAAAAGAGAAGUUUUGUGAGUAUUUCUUGAGAAUUUUUUGAUUGAAACAGAACAGUCAUUUACGGAUUUGACCAUUACAGAGGGAAGAGUUGUGGGGAAGGCAUUAAUUCUUGUUAGAAAUUUUAAAAACGAUACUAUGAACCUAUUUUACAAAUGACCUUGAUUGUUAAUACGUUCAUUAAAGACGAAACAUUGUUUUCUUCCGAUCUUCACAAGGUUAAUAUUGUUGGGUUAUUUCGUUCAAGAUUUAUAAAAGUUUUUUUUUUGAGACUCUCGAGGUCAGUCACAUGAUUUGAAACUAUCCGAAAAAGAAUCUAUACAGUGGCAAUUCACCAUACUGUGUUGAAUGGCAGUAUAUAUAUUAUUUGGAUUCGAAAUUAUAUGAAAUUGUUAUCUCAAGAUAGAUGACAUGUGAACUUGUUACGCUACAUAAUAGAAAAAUAUAAAGCUUUAGGAUAUACCGAAAUAAUAGUUUCAAAUCAAUUUAUAUUCAAAAUUAAAUAUUUUCAUAUGACUCAGAAUGAUGACUUAACCCUAAUUAGAUGCUUUUUUCAUUGACUCCAACAUGUUGUCUAAGUUCCUCUUUUGACAUUCUUAAGUAUCAAUUCCCUACUUCAAUUUUCUACUAAAUGGAAAAAUGCUGUGUUACGUGAUUCAACACACAGAGAUAUUUUUCUUCAUUUAGACCAAAACGUCCCAAACGAUUUGAGUGUAUCC